GGGUAAUAGAAAGGUAUAAAGGAUCAAUGGCGCGAUCAGCUGGCUGCUGCCGCGGUUCUCACUCCUCUUCCUUCUCCGUCUCCUCCUUUCCGUCUCACUCGGAUUUGCGUUGAAAACAAACAGUUUCCAGCCUUGUUGUUUUCCAGUUCCCAUCAUCCACCAUGGCCGACCAGAGCAAGAACUUCGAGACGCUGCAGCUCCACGCGGGAGCUCAGCCAGAUCCCACCACAAACUCUCGAGCUGUCCCAAUUUACGCGACUACGUCCUACACCUUCAAUGACUCGGCUCACGGCGCUAGGCUGUUUGGCCUCAAGGAGUUCGGCAACAUCUACAGCCGUAUUAUGAACCCAACUGUCGAUGUCUUCGAGAAGCGGAUAGCUGCCCUGGAGGGUGGUGUUGCUGGCCUCGCCGCCUCUUCCGGCCAGGCGGCCCAGUUCAUCACCAUCAAUGCCCUCGCCCACGCCGGCGACAACAUCGUGUCCACCUCCAACCUCUACGGCGGCACCUACAACCAGUUCAAGGUCUUCCUGCCCCGCCUGGGCAUUGAGACCAAGUUUGUCAACGGCGACAAGCCCGAGGACAUUGGUGCUGCCAUUGACGACAAGACUAAGGCUGUCUACGUCGAGAGCAUUGGUAACCCCAAGUACAACAUCCCUGACCUCGAGGCCAUUGCCAAGAUUGCUCACGAGAAGGGUGUUCCUCUGGUUGUCGACAACACCUUUGGUGCUGGUGGCUACUUCAUCCGACCCAUCGACCACGGUGCUGACAUCGUCGUCCACUCCGCCACCAAAUGGAUUGGCGGCCACGGCACUACCAUUGGCGGUGUCAUCGUCGACUCCGGCAAGUUCGACUGGGGCAAGCACGCUGCCCGCUUCCCCCAGAUGAACGAGCCCUCCGACGGCUACCACGGCCUCAAGUUCUGGGACACCUUUGGCCCCAUCACCUUCAUCAUCCGUGCCCGUGUCGAGAUUCUCCGUGAUAUGGGCGCCGCUCUCAACCCCUUUGCCGCCCAGCAGCUCCUUCUCGGAACGGAGACCUUGAGCCUCCGCGCUGAGCGCCAUGCCCAGAACGCCCUGGCUCUAGCCAAGUGGCUCGAGAACAGCUCCCAUGUCAGCUGGGUCUCGUAUCCCGGUCUCGAGAGCCACCCCUACCACGAGACGGCCAAGAAGUACCUCAAGCGCGGUUUCGGCGGUGUCCUCAGCUUCGGAGUCAAGGGCGACGCUGCAGCUGGCAGCACAGUUGUCGAUGGCUUCAAGCUUAUCUCUAACCUUGCCAACGUCGGUGAUGCCAAGACCUUGGCUAUCCACCCCUGGACUACCACCCACGAGCAGCUCUCUGAUGAAGAGAAGCUUAGCUCUGGUGUGACUGAGGACCUUAUCCGGAUCUCGGUCGGCAUUGAGCACAUUGACGAUAUCAUCGCCGACUUUGAGCAGUCCUUCAAGGCUGCGGCCGGCUCUACCGAGGAGCAGAACGUUGUUGCCGCCUAAGCGUGGUGGAUUGCAAGGCGCUGUCGAGACGGAGAGGAGUGACCGGAUUCUCUUGAUGAAUGAAUACCCCGCUGGGAAAACCCUUGUAGUUCAAUUGAAAGCGUGUUUGUUUCCCAUUAAUUUCUCCGUCGUAAAUAUUUGUGAUUUAGGUCUACGGCUUCUGCUGGCGUAUAUAAUAAUCAUCUGUGCUGCUUGUUCA